UUUUUUUGCCUCUGUAGCGUUGUAUGUUAGCAAUGGAUCUCUAUCCCUCUUCGGAGUCUGUUAUGCGGAUAGGGAGGGAGUCGUGCCGUUUGUUCCCCCUGUGCUCUAGCUGUUGAUAGCUAGCCUCCAAAGAAAAUAACAAUGAACUGAAUCAAACAGUUUUGUUUUAGGCUUUUACCCUGCUGAUAUUUUAAAGACACACCCGGGAACAUUUUGUAUUUGUUGAACAAACCUUUUGUUGAAACUAGACAAACAUUUUGGGAUCACCAGCUUCUUUGGGCAGUGGUGCAUUGAGGCGACACAACAAUGGGAUUAUCUUUGACCAUUGACUGAGAAUUGUUUUUAAAAGUUAAUUUAUCUCAGAGAAUAUAGUGGUGAGUUUUUGGACAGAGCGCAUAUUUGCGCGAAAUUUGGAUGACUUGACAAUCUACCUGCCUAAAUUUGUGGAGAAGACCAUUGUGAGGACUCGCCGGGCAAUCGCAUGUGUCCAGUCUAGUUGGUCUGGUCUAGAACGGCUUCAUCACUGGAACACGACCACACAAAGCCUGCUAGAAAAACGAUGGCGAAUGACUCGAUGCAAGGCUACAACUGGAAUGAGCUGAACCUCGACCAGGAGGGCAGGUCAGAGCUGCUCCUCUAUGUGGUCCUCCCCGUCGCCUCCCUCCUCAUUCUGGGCCUCCUGGUACUCCUGGCCUACUGGAGGUGCUCCUCUCCCAAGCUCAGCCUGGCCCAAAUCAUCGCCCUGGACCUCCAGGACGCCGAGAGCAGCGCUGAGUUCCUCUCCUCGCUCACCGGCCAACGCGAACGCCACACCAGCACCAGCUCUGACAUGACGGACAGUGUGUUCGUCAUGGUCUACCUGCCGCCGCCCUACGAGGAGACGCUGACCAAGAUCACACGCGCCGCCAGUCUGACCAGUCGGAAAGAGUCCAUGAAGAUAGAGGACCUGGAGGCCUGGCUGUGUCCGGAGAUCAAGUCCAGUGGACGCUACGUGUGACUGGGGAACACUGGGACUGUCUCUCAAAUGGCACCCAAUUCCCUAUAUAGCCCACAUAGGGCUCUGGUUAAAAGUAGUGCACUUUGUAGGGAGUAGGGUAUAACUAGCAAGCUCUUUAGAAUAAGGGGGUUUUCAGUGGACUAAGAAAAACAUCAGACCUGAGUUAAUCUUUUGUGGGUACCAGCUUUCUACACAGAGGAGUGUGCAAUUGUAUGAAAGCUGGAAGCUGGAAAUUGCAUUGACUGGCUGUACAGCAUACAGUACAUCUAGAUUCUCUACAGAGGACAUACGCUGACUAUGUACAAACCGUAGGUCACAGUAGGCAAAUAAAACUCUUUCAACGAUACAAAAAAGAAUAUACAAUUAAUUUGCGUUGUUUUUAUCUCCUAAAUGAAACCCAUUUUUACUUCCACACUACAACCCUCCUGUACCUGUGUUGUUUUACAGUUUGUUCCUUAUUUGGAGACUUAAGAAUGUCAAUGUGCAAAGUACAAGAAUGUUAGUCUUAUAUGUAAUACUGUAUGUUAUUUGAAUUUUAUUGUAAUUGUAUUUAUAUGUAAGAAGGUACAAAGACCUAGCCUGGGUACCAUGCCUUUGACAGGAGUGGCAAGGGGUGGAAUGUUAGCUAGACUGGUACCUGGACUUACAAAGACCUAGUCCAGGUUAAUAAUUCCCUUCAUUCCUUGGAAUCACAUCAUGAAUGUACUCCUAAAAACCUCAGACCUGAUACGUUUUAUAGACUACAUAACAGAUAUGCAGUAUAAUUUACAAGUAAUAUGUUUGUACAAAGUGUUAUACUGUUUUUAAAUAAAUAAUAAGAAAAGCAUGGUUAGCAUGGUUAUGAUUGACAGAGUUCCGUCAUCAUCACUUAUGCACUUUGGCUGCAAAGUUAUAAUCACAUGCUGCCCCACUAUGGUACAUCUUGGUCAUAUCAUGUAGACUAUGUAGAGGUGAGCUCUCCUUUCCAAACGCAUGCCUUACAUUACAGCUAUGGUCUUGCUGCGUUUCUGAGCAAGAUUGUCAAGAAGUGUUAGAAAUGUCCAGGGGUCCAACUAGAUCUAGCAGCUACAGCGUUUCAUAU